GCUUGGCAAGUGAGGGUGAAGAGGGCAGCGGGGAGGCCCAGGAUGCCCAGGCUGCGUGUCCCGGGGGAGCGUCAGCCGCUGCUGCGCCCUCCUCCCCGGGUGCCCCGACCACGGCGGAGGACAGCGGUGGCCGCGGUGCUGCUGGUGGAGACGCUGGAGCGGGCCGCCUUCUUCGGGGUGUCCGCCAACCUCGUGCUGUACCUCAACAGCGGCCACUUCAACUGGGCCGGCAGCCAGGCGUCCUCCGCAGCCCUGGUCUUCCUGGGCGCGUCCUACCUGCUGGCGCCCGUGGGCGGCUGGCUGGCCGACGUGUACCUGGGUCGCCACAACGCCAUCACGCUCAGCCUGCUGCUCUACCUGGCCGCCGCCAGCCUGCUGCCCGCCGCCGCCAUUUACCACACCUCCUUCUGCGGGGAGAAGCCCCUGUAUCCGCUGUCCACCCCCUGCACCGGACCAGGCUGCCAACUCGACUGGCCCAAGCCCUACUGCGCACCCACCCUCUACGUCGGGCUGCUGGUGCUCGCCCUGGCCGCCAGCUCCAUCAGGAGCAACCUCACCUCCUUCGGCGCCGACCAGGUGAUGGACCUUGGCCGCCAUGCCACCCGCCGCUUCUUCAACUGGCUUUAUUGGAGCAUCAACGUGGGGGCCGUGCUGUCGCUGCUGGUGGUGGCCUUUAUCCAACAGAACAUCAACUUAAUACUGGGCUACUGCAUUCCCGUGGGCUUUGUGACCCUGGCCUAUUUCAUCUUCCUCUUUGCCAGCCCCAUCUUCAUCACCAAGCCCCCCACAGGCAGCCAAGUGUCCUCGAUGCUUAAGCUUGCUAUCCAGAACUGCUGUCCCAGGCUGUGGCGAUGCUUUGCCCGAGACCCUGAAGAGGGCCAGCUGCUGCCUGACCAGAGGACUCCCCAGCCUGGCCCUUCUCCACAAGAGGACAUCAUCAACUUCCAGGUGCUGGUGAAGGUCUUGCCCGUCAUGGUGACGCUGGUGCCCUACUGGAUGGUGUACUUCCAGAUGCAGUCCACGUACGUCCUACAAGGCCUUCACCUCAAAAUCCCGAACAUUUUCCAAGAAUCCAUCAAUAGCUCCAUGGUUCUGAGAGCCCAGAGCCACACCUACAGGAUCCCGGAAGCUUGGAUCCUGCUGGCCAACGUCGUGGUGGUGCUGAUCCUGGUGCCCGUGAAGGACCACCUGAUCGACCCCUUACUGCUGCGGUGCCAGCUGCUCCCCUCGAGUCUGCAGAAGAUGGCUCUGGGCAUGUUCUUUGGCUUCGCCUCAGUCAUUGUGGCAGGAGUCCUGGAGAUGGAGCGCCUAAAAUACAUCCAGCGAAAUCAGACGGUGCCCCAGCAGAUCGGCCAGGAAAUAUACGACGCCGCGCCACUGUCCAUCUGGUGGCAGAUCCCUCAGUACUUGCUCAUUGGGAUCAGCGAGAUUUUUGCCAGCAUUCCAGGCCUGGAGUUUGCAUACUCAGCGGCCCCUCGCUCCAUGCAGGGCGCCAUCAUGGGCAUCUUCUUCUUCCUGUCGGGGCUGGGCUCGCUGCUGGGCUCCGGCCUGCUGGCCCUGCUGGCGGUCCCAUCGGCCUUGGCCUGGAUGUACUGCCCCAAGGACUUUGGGAAUAUCAACUAUUGCCGCAUGGACUACUACUUCUUCCUGCUGGCCGGCAUCCAGGCCGCCACGGCCCUCCUGUUCAUCUGGAUCGCCAGGCGCUACGAGAGGGCGGCGCCCGGCCCAGCCUCCCCGAGCCAUUCCGGCAGAGACAGGGGCUGAGCGCGUCCCGACCCAUCCCCUCUCUUCGGUCUCCCGGACC